AUGCCUGCCUCUAUUCGCCAAUAUAAAGCUGCCUGCGUCCAGGCCGAGCCCGGGUGGUUUGACCUUGAGAAGUCGGUCAAGAAAACCAUUGCUCUGAUUGAAGAGGCUGGUGAAAAGGACUGCAAGCUCAUUGCGUUCCCCGAGACAUGGAUCCCUGGAUACCCCUACUGGCAGUGGCGUGUCAACUAUCAGGACUCGCUCCCCCUCCUUAAGGAGUACCACCAGAAUAGCAUUCACCCUGAUUCCGAUGAGAUGAGACGCAUCCGUUCUGCAGCCAAGGCUGCUCAGAUCUACGUCUCCCUGGGCUAUUCCGAGAUUGACGGCAACAGCCUCUACAUGGCCCAGAUCAUCAUCGACCCGCAUGGUGAUGUUAUCAACCACCGCCGCAAGAUUAAGCCUACCCACGUUGAGCGACUUGUUUUCGGCGAGGGCUCCGGUGAUUCCCUUACUAGUGUGGUUGAGACGGAGAUUGGUGCUCUUGGUCAUCUGAACUGCUGGGAAAACAUGAACCCAUUCCUCAAGGCUCAUGCUUGUGCUCUUCACGAGCAGAUACAUGUGGCUGCGUGGCCCGUUUACCCGCCGGCUUCCACCCUCCAAUAUCCCGAUCCCUACACCAACAUCUCCGAGGUGCAGUCGGAGCUCGUUACGCCGGCUUACGCCUACGAGACGGGAACUUGGACCCUGGCCCCAACUCAGGUCGUCACUCGAGAAGGUGCCCGGCUCAACCUCCCUAAGCGUCUGCAGGACGACGAAGCUGCUGUAGAUGGUGAAGCUGCAGUCAUCGGCAACGGUUUCGCUCGCAUCUACCGUCCUGACGGUUUCCGAGCUGUCGAGGACCCGGGCAAGACAUUCGACGGGAUCAUCGUUGUUGACGUUGAUCUCGACGAGAACCUCCUCACCAAACGCCUGGCUGAUUUUGGUGGCCACUACAUGCGCCCCGAUCUCAUUCGCCUCCUGGUUGACAAGACGCCGAAGACGUACAUCGUCGACGCUAACGCUACCGACCCGAAGAGUUUCCCGAGCACCCUGGAGCGCCUUGGACUUGGUAAGCCUCUCCCAGCAGGGGAGGAAUAA